AUGGUAUAUUGCGGGAAGCCCUCUGGUGGCUGCUCCACCUGCCGCCGUCGCAAGAUUCGGUGUGACCAAAAGGAGCCGGCAUGCACGCAAUGCGAGAAGAAGAACCAGCCAUGCCCUGGCUAUCGCAAUCUCGUCGAUCUAAUGUUUAGAGAUGAAAGCUCCCAUGUUAUCAAGAAAGCGGUCAAGACACGGGCUCGAUCUAGUCAAGCACAAAAGAGUCCCGUUAACCAGGAGCUCGCCUCGGCCUCAACAUCUCCCCCACCAUCGGUUGUGACUAUCAAGUCACCACCAACAUUCGAUAUUGACCCGAGAUCUAGUGCAGCCCCUGCCCCUGCCACCAAGACAGAGAAAUCGAACAAGGUCAAGGCCAGACGUGCUCGGAAAUCUAACACUCGAUGCCGCGCGCCUGUUCUUUCCGCCUUGAUUAACGACUGGAGCCGGUCUCCAUCGGAAACCUCUCAUGAAAGCCCGAGUGACGCCAGCGAUGUCAUUGGUCUAAGUGAACCAACUGAAGGCCGCGAUCACUUGGAUGACGCUCUGUCACCCGAACUACAAGACAAGGGCACUGCCUUUUUCUUCUCUCGUUACGUUGCAGCCGACAGAGGCUCUUAUCAAAACUAUGCUUUCAUUUACGAUGUAUGGAAACCUCCGGACUCGGCACAGGCUCAAGUUGAUCCAGUCACUGUCAGUAUGACAGCUGUCGGACUUGCAGGAUGCUCACAGGUUUUCCGAUCCCCAGAUCUUAUGACACGGGCACAAGAAAGCUAUGCUAUCGCCCUCGGAUUGACGCACCGUGCACUUCGCGACCCAAUCGAAGUCGUAAAAGACACAACCAUGCUCGCCGUCUUGAUACUCGGCACUUUCGAGUUUGUUUCGGGAUAUAGCUCUCAUACGAUGCGUGCCUGGCAAGACCACGUCAACGGAGCUGCUGCCCUGGCAAACAUCAGAGGUGCUGCCCAGUUUCGAAGCAAAGCUGGUGCUCGCAUGUUUCUUAUGCUUUGCCAUACAGUUCUUAUAAGCUGCAUACAGAGCGGCCUACCUAUGCCACAAACACUAAUAGACCUUCGACACGAGAUUCCUCCUUCUGAAGAACUCGGAGGACCUGACUUUCAUGUGGCAUACCCCAUAUACAAAGCACUACAGGUGCGCUACGAUAUCAACACGAGAAAACUAGUCGACCUUGAUGAUGCUGUCGCCGCCAUAUCAAAUGUUGAGGAGGAAUUCUCAUCGAUACUGUCCGGACUGCCAGAAUCUUGGAAGUACCAUCGCGUACAGCUGACGCAACCGGACCCUCGAGUAUCAGGACAAAUAUGCCACGUUUAUGCUGGACUUCUUCAAUCCACCACUUGGAAUAUGGUGCGCGGAAUAAGGAUGAUGCUGCUGGAAACGCUCGUCGAGCAGCUUUGCGCUGCUGCGGGUUCGACUGACCGCACUGUACUAUCAGACAAUCAUUUCCAGUUACUUGCCAAAUCUCUUAAAGUGUUGGAUAUGCUAGGACAAUCAAUUGCAGCCAGUGUUCCCCAGCAUCUCGGAGUUGUCAGUAUCCGGGACAUCAACAACAAGAAGGACCAAGGGCACAUGGUUUCGAUUGCAGCCAAGAAACAAGCAUGCCGUGUUAUAUCGUCGCCAUUUGCGCAAGACUCACGAGUCGGCCCGGGAGAGGAUACCUCCAGCAGCGGUGGUAGUCCGGUGCUAUUUGAUCCAACGCAGUCGACGCCUCACACCGACGAUGCCACUCGUUUCAUGAGCCUUGCGUCGGCAAAUAAUACUAUCAUCUGGCCAUUGUACAUGCUCGGUAUGUCAUCGGCAUGUUCCUCAGAAACAAAGCAAUAUGCCAUCGAGGGCCUGCAAGCUAUCCACAGAGAAACUGGUCUGGAGCAAGCGCGUGUGGUUGCGGGACUAUUACAGGAGAAGGAUAACCCCCUAACUCUCAGCCCAUCACUUCUUAGUAAGCUUCCCACGGUUGACGCAAACGCUUUACCGUCAACAGUCUAA